CACCUUCAAGGAUGCCCCCGCGGCUUCUGUUUCUGCUGCUGGGUCUGUGUGGGCUGCCACUCCAGAAGGCGGAGACAGACUCUGAGGGGCAGACCACGCGGGAGCUUUACCAGCGCUGGCAGCGCUACGGCCGGGAGUGCGAGCAGACCCUGAAGGCGGCAGACCCUCCCUCAGGCACGGUCUGUAACGGGUCCUUUGAUAUGUACGUCUGCUGGGACUACACGGCCGCCAACACCACUGCCCAGGCACCCUGCCCCUGGUAUCUGCCCUGGCACCGCCACGUGGCUGCAGGCUACGUGUUCCGCCAGUGCGGCAGUGAUGGCCAGUGGGGCCCGUGGAGAGAUCACACCCAGUGUGAGAACCCGGAGAAGAACGGGGCCUUUCAGGACCAAAGGCGGACCCUGGAGCGCCUUCAGGCUGUGUAUACAGUGGGCUACUCCCUGUCCCUGGGCACCCUGCUGCUAGCCAUGCUCGUCUUAAGCUUGUUCAGGCGGCUGCACUGCACGCGCAAUUACAUCCACAUGAACUUGUUCACGUCUUUCAUGCUGCGCGCAGUGGCCAUCCUCACCCGAGACCGGCUGCUGCCUACGCUGGGUCCCUACCUCGGGGGCCAGACUCUCAGCCUGCGGAAUCAGGCCCUAGCUGCCUGCCGCACAGCCCAGAUCGUGACCCAGUACUGCGUGGGUGCCAACUACACCUGGCUGCUGGUAGAGGGUGUGUACCUGCACCAUCUGCUGGUGAUCGUGGGAGGCUCGGAAAAGGGCCACUUCCGCUGCUUCCUGCUUCUUGGCUGGGGGGCCCCCGCGCUUUUUGUCAUUCCUUGGGUGAUCGUCAGGUACCUGUUGGAGAACACGCAGUGCUGGGAGCGCAACGAAGUCAAAGCCAUUUGGUGGAUCAUUCGCACCCCGAUCCUAGUAACCAUCUUGAUCAAUUUCUUCAUCUUCAUCCGCAUCCUUGGCAUCCUUGUGUCAAAGCUGAGGACACGGCAGAUGCGCUGCCCCGACUACCGACUAAGGCUGGCUCGUUCCACGCUGACUCUGGUGCCUCUGCUGGGUGUUCACGAGGUGGUGUUUGCGCCUGUGACGGAGGAACAGGCUGAAGGCACCCUGCGCUUCGUCAAACUGGCCUUUGAAAUCUUCCUAAGUUCCUUCCAGGGCUUUCUGGUGAGCGUGCUUUACUGCUUCAUCAACAAAGAGGUGCAGUCGGAGAUCCGCAGGGGCUGGCGCCACCGCAUCCUGCGUCCCAGCCUCCGGGAUGAGCGCCCCCGCCCGCGCAUGGAGCUCAGCCCCCCGGCCUUGCCCUCGUGUUCUGCACUCCGGGAGGGCCCCAUCGACCGCACCUUGCCCUCCUCCGGGUCGCUGCACGUACCUGGAGAGGAAGUCUUGGAAAGUUACUGCUAGGUAAUGGGACUCCUGGGUCUGUACAGUUAACAUGAAUUGAGUGCCUACUGAGUGCCAGCCCCGGUGUGGGGAAUGCUGGGGAAACGGGGAGAAGGAAGACGAGGUCCCCACGUGUAUAUACUUGUUGUGGAAUGGCUUAUGAAAAGAAUUGGGAUGUCCAGGGCGACUGACAGGGAGGCCACUUGUGAAGAUUUGACGCUUUUAAUCCAUCUCUGAAAGAAGCAGAGAUAAC